AUGCGCGUCGCCAUCAUCCUCGCCAGCGCGACGCUCGCAGGUGCGUUUGGUGGUGCGAUUGCGUAUGGCGUUGGGCAUAUGCAAAUGGUUCAAGGACUCGCCGCGUGGCGAUGGUUAUUUAUCUUGGAAGGAAUCCCUUCCUGCGUUUCGUCGGUCGCGGUGUGGUUCAUUCUACCGGAUUAUCCUGAAGAAGCAUCAUGGUUAUCGACACCCGAGCGCGAACUGGCGGUCGCGCGACUUGAAAAGGAAGGAUCGAAAGGCAACGCGCCGUCCCUGAACUGGGAGACUGCGAAGGCGACGCUACUGGAUGGCCGCCUGUGGGUGCAUUAUGUCAUCUACUUUGGCAUCUCGGCACCUUUCAGCUCACUAAGCUUGUUCACGCCCACCAUCACUGCUGGCUUGGGCUACGAGAAUCUCCAAGCUCAGCUCAUGACGGUACCUCCAUAUGCAGUGGCCUAUGUGGUUUCGAUCAUCACAGCGUGGUCAUCAGACUACUUCAACGCGCGCGCCCUUCAUUCGGCGGUCCUAUCUACCGUAGGAGCGAUUGGCUUCCUUGUAUCUGCACUGCUUCCUGCAGACGCUUAUCAUGCGAGAUACGGAUGCUUGAUCGUUGCAGCCAGCGGGGCAUUCUCCUGUAUUCCGCCACUACUGGGCUGGCUGAGCAGUAACAUGCACAGUACUGCUGCGGCUGGUCUUGCCAUCGCAUUGAACGUUUCUUGGGGAGCGCCGGGACAGAUUCUUGGAGUUUGGAUCUACAAGGCAGAUGAGAAAGCGAAAGGUUACCCUACAGGUCAUUGGGUGAACUUUGGCAUGUUAGUCAUGGUUGCAUUGGGAUGUAUUGGUCUGCGAUUUUACUACCAGUCGAGGAACAAGCGAAUGCAGCGAUUGGGUCCAGAUGCGACAGGAAUGGUGAGGGAGUUCAGCUACUAG